AUGAUGCAAUUUGAGGAAGGAGCACCAGUUUGGUAUUCUCUUAAAGAAGGUCUGAAGAAUACUUCAAAAUAAGCUGAUGCACCUGCUUUCGUAGAAUCAGUAGUCAUUUCUGUAAUUGAUAAAAAUAAAUCUUUAAUAUAAUUGCUAGAUUAGCCCAGCCCUUCAAUACUAAGCUUGCUUAAUGAGAAACAAGCUAACUAGGCAAAGCCUUCUAAUUUAUAAAUUCAAUAAGGUGGAAAUUAAAACUUAAUUGUUGUUGAUAAUAUUUUUUUGGAACCUAGAUAUGAUAAAGAGGAUGGAGAUUAUUCUUCAAUAAAUGAUUUAGUUAACCUUCCUUUUUUAAAUGAACCUGAAUUGCUUAAAGCAAUAGCUCAAAGAUAUGUUUAGGAUAAAAUAUUUAGCUAUGUUGGUCCUACUCUUGUUGUAGUAAAUCCUUAUAAAAGAAUGGAUCAUCUAUUUAAUGAAAAAACACAAGAAUUGUACUAAGAGAAAGUUAUUUAAAAUUAAGAUAUUUACUCUGAAUAGCCUCACAUAUUUGGAAUAGCUGCUUAUUGUAUGCAAAGUAUUUUGUAAGAAAAAACACUUAAAUAAGCGAUUGUAAUAUCAGGAGAGUCUGGUGCAGGUAAGACUGAAAAUACAAAAUAUGCUAUGAAAUUUUUAACCCAAAUGAAUGCUUAAUUUUAAUAGUAAAAUACACCUUAAACUUUGACUAAUUUGAGAGAAAGCUACUUAAACUUAAAAUCUAGAUAAACUCUAAAAUCAACUGUCUCUAUAGAAUAAAGAAUAUUAAACUGCAAUCCAAUUUUAGAAGCUUUUGGUAAUGCUAAAACAACAAGAAAUGAUAAUUCAUCUAGAUUUGGAAAAUUAGUUAUCUUGCAUUUAAAGGAAGAUAUUGGUUCUUCAUUUUCAAUCAAGUAAAAGUAAAAAAAACUAGUAAUUUCGUCUGCUUCUCUUACAAACUACUUGCUAGAAAAAAGCAGGAUAGUUUAAAUUUCGCAAUAAGAAAGGAAUUAUCAUAUUUUUUAUCAUCUUCUAAAAGGAGCUGAGCCUCAAUUUCUUUCUCAAUUAGGAUUGAGUCCAGAUAUUUCUUCUUAUAGGUAUUUAAAAAGUGAGUGCAGUAAUGUUGAUACUUUAUCUGAUGAAUAGCUGUUUUUAGAAGUUAUGUCAAGUUUAGAUGAUUUGAAUUUUACUGAAAUAGAAUAAAAGGGAAUUUGGAAUAUAGUUAGCUGUGUCCUUUUGUUAGGAAAUCUAGAUUUUGAAGAAGUUAAAACAACAGGCGAUUCUUGCACUAUUUCGCCUAAAUAGAAAUAAACAGUAGAAACUAUAUGUAAAAAGCUUUAGUGUACUGAAAAAGAAUUAAAUGACGCUUUAACAACUAAAAAAAGAUAAGUUAACAACAAUGUUACAACUUCUCCUCUUUCUAUCAAAGAGUCAAUAGAUAAUAGAGACUCUUACAGUAAAUUUUUAUAUGAAAAGCUAUUCAAUUGGAUAGUAUUUAGAUUAAAUUAGUCUAUUAUGGACUAAGACGAAGUAGACUAGUAUACAUUGCAUGCCUUCGCUCCUCAAUAAAAGAGGCAAAGCAUAACACAAGGGAAGAAGAGAUAAAUAGAGAUUUUAGAUAUAUUUGGGUUUGAGGUGUUUGAGAAUAACAGCUUUGAGUAAUUGUGCAUAAAUUUUGCAAAUGAAAAGCUUUAAUAACUUUAUAUUAGCUAUAUUUAUGAGGGAGAAAGAAACAUAUUUAAAUAAUAAGGAUUAGAAAAAUAUUUAAUGGAAAUAAAGUAUACUGAUAAUAAAUCUAUUAUAGAGGCUCUUGACAAGCCUAAAGAUCCUAUUGGAGUUUUUAAUUUAAUUGAUGAUUCAAGCAAUUUAAGUACUGGAAGUGACUUAAAUUUGAUAUCUCAAAUGGAAAGGGAGCAUAAAUCAAAUAGUUAGCAUGUUUCCUUUUCUUAGAUUUAAAAAACUAAUUUUACUAUUCACCACUCAACAGGGAGUAUUGAAUACAAUAUUACUAACUUUAGGGCAAAGAAUAAGGAUGAAGUCUCAUUAGCAUUAUAAAACUUAGCUUAAUAAAAAACAAUUAAGUCAAUCAUUUAGCUAGGAAUUACAGAUUUUAAUACUUAAUAAGUUGGGAGUAGAGUAACAGAUAAAUUUUUAGGUUCAAAAUUCAGACUUUAAAUGAAAAAGUUAAUGGAAGAAUUAAGCUCUUGUGAGUGCCAAUUUGUAAGAUGUAUUAAACCUAAUGCAUCAAAAAAGGCAGGAUUUAUAUAACCUAGAUAUUCUCUGAAUUAAAUAAACUGUCUUGGUGUUUUAGAGACAAUCCGUGUCAGGAAAUAAGGGUAUGUUUACAGAGCUGAUUAUUUUAGAUUUUAUAAAGACCACUGGGAGCUAUAUCCACCAAAUUUCAAUGAAAUUAAAGCAGAUGUAACUACUAUGUUUUAAAAAAUAACAGAUUAUUAAAGACUAAGUUAAAAAUUAGUGGAGAUGAAUGUUGACCAAAAAUAAUUAGAAUAAAAUAAUAUUUUAUUUGGAAAUAGCAUGAUUUUUAUAAAAGAAAGUGCUUUAAUGAUCCUAACAUCAAAGCUGAUACAAACAAAAGAAGAAAUCAAUCGCAAUGUUAAAUUAAUACAGAAAUUGUUUAGAAAUUACAAGCUUAAAAAAUGGUUAAAAAACAGAAAGAAAGUUAAACAAUUUUUGAAAGGAUUAAUUUAUAGAUUCAGAUAUUUAAAAUCUGAUGUUGUUGCAAAAAUAAGAGGAAUGAGGAAAGCUAAGGAAUUAGAAGCAAAGCAAAAUAUUUCUGCUAAGAAAAUUUAAAAAAUGAUCAGAAAUUUUAUCUUAAAGAAAAGAAUGAAAGAAAUCAGGGCAGCUUUGAUGAUAUAACGUGCAUAUAUUAUGUACAAAAAGAAAGAAUAUUACAAAUAGAAACUUAAAGGUAUCAAGGAGUUUAUAAAAUCGAAAUUUUUGAUGUUAAAGGAAAGAUCAAUUUAUAAAAAAAAGCUUAAAAGUAUCCUACAAAUAUAAAAGUGGUAUAAAAAAAAUUUACAAUAGAGAUAAAUUGAAAUGUGCAAAAAAGUCAUUAUGGUAAUUAGUUAAUCGCUUGACAAGUCUUGGCUAAAAAUCAGAAAUAUUUCAGCUAUUAAGAUUCAAUCCCUAGUUAGAAUGUUCUUGGCUAAAAUUAACAACUACGGUAUUGUAAAACAAUCAAGAGAAGCUAAAAAUGUAAUUCUAGAAAGAAAAGCUAUCUAAAAAAUUUAAAGGUAUUGGAGAUAUAGAAAUUUUUAUUUAUCAAUGAAAAGAUAUAGAAACGCUGCUUACAGAAUACAAGCCUAUUUCAGAAAAAAGUGGUGCUCUGCUCUAUUUCAGCUUAUCAAAAAGAAUACUAAAUUCAUUUAGAUGCAUGUAAGGUCUUGGUUGAAUUAAAAAUAUUUUCUAACUGAGAAAUGGGUUAAAUAUGAUUGGAAUUCAGUUAAAAGAGAUGAAAUGCUUAAUUAGCAAAACUUGGUCAUUCUUGGAAUUCCUUAUAAAAAAAAUUUGGUGAAAAACUUAAAAUUUUAAGAAUUAAAAAAUUAGUUUUAUGAGUAGCACACUGUAUUAAGCUUACAAAGAGCCUAAAAAAAAAUUGAGUAUUUAUAAAAAAAACAAAAGAACCUGGAUAGAUAAGAUAGUUUAGCAAAAUUAGCAGCUUUAAAAUAAAAGAUAAAAUCUUAGAAAAGUAUUGUUUUAUCUUCAGCGAAGGUAAGUCAAUAGCAAUCUAUUUAAGAAUUCGAAGAUUUAGGCUUAGAUUAAUAGUUAAAAAUCCUAAAAUCAUCUAUUAAGUUAGGAGGAGCAGAAAAGCAGGAGAUAUAAAAAUAAUCUCCAAUUAAUGAAAUUAAUAUUAAGCUUGAUGAUUGUUUAAAUGGUAUUGAUUAAAAUAUCUUAAUGUAAAAUUAAUUUGGCAAAAUAUAAAUGUAAAUAACCUUGAAAGAUAAUGAUCAAUAUUAGACUUAAGUAAAUGAAUUCACUUCAAAUAAUUAGCCUAAAAUUUAAGAGUAUUACUAUCAUGAUUUGGGUCUUGAAAAGGAUCAUAUAUUAUAUGAUUUUAAUUCAGAAAGCAGAAAAAAGCAAGUUUAAAGUUAGCUACAGGCAAAAAGAAUGUCAGUUGAUGUGAUAAAGCUAAAUACUAUUUUACUUGAUUUCGAUUAAUAACCAUAAUCACAUGAAAUUUAUACUUCUUAAAUAUGGGCACAGCAUUACUAGGAUAUUCAGAGUGAACUUGAGUAAUCAAACUCUUCAAUUUUAAAAAUUUUUAUUGGAGAUUCUUAUACUACAAUAGUCGGAGAUAACUCAGUCUGUUAUACGUUUGGAGAUGAGUUUUUAAAUCAUCAAGUUCACACAACAGAUUAAUAAAUUUAUUAUAGUCCUGAUAAGUUUUUAAAUGAUUAACCCUUAUAAUCUAAAAUAAGUUAAUCAUCUAAUAGAUAUUAGUAAUAAACCAAAAACACAUCUAACAUCUAUGAAAGUCCAAAUCUACAAAGAUAAAUUCCUAAUUACUAAGCACAAUUAUAUUCUACUCCUCAAAAAAAAUUAUAAAAUGAUCUCAUACCCUCUGUACUUUAAAAUAAUCCUCUAUUUGUUUAAUUAGAAACUUAAAACUAUUAAUAGAAUAGUUAAAAAAAAUUUUAAAGUAGCUAUAGUCCAUAAGACUAAUACAAUAACUCUUAGCAAAAAUUAAAAAUGAACUAAAAUAAUUCAAAUAAUAGCUUAUAUAAUAGCUUGAGAAAGUAAGCUGGUCUUUUCUAAAACUAAGAACCACCUGAACAAAUCUCUACUUAAACUUUAAACACCUAAAAUAAUAUUUCAUAUUAAACCGAAGAAUAAUUUAAUCCACCUAAAAAGGUGAUAAAAUGCAAAAUAGAUAAAAUAAAUAGCAUUUUCAAGGCUAAUAAUCAGCUGUUCAUUCAAAAUUAACUAAAGGAUAUGUAUUGCUGGGGAGACAAUAGUCAAUUUGAAAUACCCUUUUUUGAAGAUAUUUAUUUGUAUGAAAUUUCUAAAAUUGAUCCUUAAAAAUCAUAGUAAAUUUCUUAAAUAGAUUAGCAAGCCAUUUCUAAUUAGUUUUUUUAUUUGUUAACUGAUGGAGAUGUUUUACACUAUAAUUAUAAAAAAUCUAUUGACUUUGAAAGAAUCAGAUUCCCUGUCUAAAUAUCUUAAAUAAGCUGUGGAGGUCAUUUUACUAUGUUUUUGUCAAUUUAGGGUACACUAUUCUCUUCUGGCUAAAAUACUUCAGGGGAAUUAGGUCAUGGUGAUAGACUAUUUAGAAAAAGUCCUUAACUUAUAAGCUCAUUUAAGAAAUUUGGAGAAAAGAUCAAAUAAGUAUCUUGCGGGCUAAAGCAUACAAUAUGUCUCACAGCAUUAGGAAAGAUUUUUUCCUGGGGAAACAAUAGAUUUGGGUAACUAGGUGUAGGAGAUACUAAAUAUAGAUCAAAUCCAUAAUUAAUUUUUGUGAAAAGUAAAUCUAUAGACUCAAUCAAUUCAUUUUUGCAAGUUAGAGCUGGUUUAAGAUCAAGCAUAGUUUUAACAAUUGACAAGCGUCUAGCGUGGUGGGGAACGAACUCAUGUUUAGAUCACUAAGUAUUUCCAAUUGAAUUAAAUUUACAAGAUUAUAAAAAUGAUUUGAAUUCUAAAGAAUUGAUACCUAUUAAACUAAUGAGUAGCUGGAGUAAAAAUCUUAGCCUUUUUUAUAUUAUUGUAGCUGAUAUUACAUAUUGUUAUAGCUAAAACAAAAGUGUAAUCAUUAAAUCUCUACAGUCUCUUUCUUAGAAAUGGGAAGACUAGCAAAUUUUCCCUAGUGCAGAUAAAAACAUAAUGAAAUACAUACAAAUAAAAGGGAUGAGAUAAACUAAUAUAGAAUAGUGA